UUGUGAAAGAAAAAUAAUAGAAAAUAUAGAAGAAAAAACAAAUCAAAUCAAAUAACUACUAGCAAACGAUGAAAAUAAAACUAAUUAUGUUUUUUUGUUAAAGAAUUUCUCUAGCAUUAAAAUUGCAAUGCAACAACGAAGUCAGCAGCAAAGACAUCAACAACAACAACAGCAAAACAAUAAUUGUGCGUAAAGCAUAAAAGCAGAAUAAAUAAAGUUAAAGAAAAAAUAAUAAAUAAAUAUAAAAUAGAAACAUAGAAUAAAAAAAACACAAAUAAUAAAAAAACAAGUUUGUUGCUUAAGUCUUUCGUUUUAAACAUAUCAACAACAACAGCAACAAACACAAAAAACAACGCAAACAAUAAAACAACAGUUUAGAACAAAACGGUUCAUUUGCAAAUUCAUUCAUUAAUGACAACAACUAAAUUUAUAAACUAUUUAUUAUCAUAAAAAAAGAAAAACAAAAACAAAACAAACUUUACAUAACAUUUUUAUCACAUUAUGACUGUAAGCUUAAACAAACGAUCGCUAAAUCAGCGAUCGCCUACCACAACUGCAAGCUCAACAUCAAGAUCAACAUUUGCCAUACAAUGGGGUCAACUUAUUGUAAUCACUUUAGUUAUAAUUGCCGCUUUAAUAAAUCUAACACAUGGAUUUAAAACCAUUAAUGGUGAAAGUCGCAAACUAUUUGGUGGUUAUCGCAUAACACCCAAACAUUGUCGAGCCACCAAAACACUGCCCAGUUCAGAUCCUAGAGCCAAUGGUCCUACGAUAUGUAUGUUUAAUCAUGAGUGUGCUCAGCGUAAUGGUGAGGUAGUUGGGGCCUGUAUGGAUGGUUUUCUUUUCGGAGCCUGUUGUCAAGUGCCCAAUAAUCAACAGCCGGAAAAUACUCUUAUAAAUGAUGCCCAAAAUUCCUACUACCAUCAAUAUCAAAAUCAGAAAUUACAACAGCAAGAAUCGGAAACUAAUAAAAUUGUUUCGCAGGCCUAUGAAACAUUUGCGGAGAACUCGGCUCAACAACAAUCCUUAGAGAAUAGUCAGUCUCAAGAUUCUGGUUAUGGUGGUGUGUUAAGUAAUCUCUAUAAUGUUGAUCGUGUUGAUCCACAACCUCAAGAUACUUCAGAACAGAUUAAUACUAGUAGCAGUACGUAUGGAUCUACAGAAAGUGUUGUUUCUAGUUCGAGUGUAGAAUAUGAUGCUAUUACUCAAGCAAGUACUGAGUCACAAACAAAUUCACCGCGUGAACCUCCUAAGACCAAUACAAGUAAACCGAAGGACUCCGUUAAGGUAUCACCAACCGCCCAAUCACCACAAAAUGAUGAUUUUGUUUUACAACUUUUGAAUACUCCACCACCAAAUGAGGAUGAAAAUAUUAUAAGUUUUACCACUGAAAUACCCACCAGGAUUAAUAGUGUUCUAAAUGAACAAAGUAGUUCUGAAUCUAAUUCAUUUGAGGAGGAGCCAGCAGCUGCUACAACUAAACCUUUAGUUAAAAAACCUGAAAAUCAACAACAUCAAACACAAACUGCCCAACAGAGCUCAGUUCAACAGCAAUCUGUACAGCAGCAGCAACAUAGUGAAUCGGUUCAAAAUCAGCAUUCGGACUCCGAUAUACAACAGGCAGAAUCUGUUUUGCAUUCCCACCAUACAGAAGCUGUACAACAUGAUCACGAUCAACUGUUUGGUGGUGUUACCUUUACUCACAGUGACAUUACUCACCCCGGAGCAGAUGCUGAUCUUAUAGAAGAUGAUUUACAAUUUUCUACCGGUUAUGGUCCACAACCAGUAUUUGUGCCAGCUCCACCAAAACCCAUUCAAACAUAUGAUCAAGAAGCUGAUAAACACACAUCCAAUUUAUUCGAUGCCACUACAUCCUCCUCAUCCAUAACCACACAUGUAGAUUCCAUAGAAACCAUUAUACAGCAAUUGAAUAAUAACAACAACAACAAUCCCGGACCCACCUACAAUGUCAUCAAUCAUGAUGAACAACAGCAACAUCAUCAGUCUUCUUCGUAUGGUAAUGGUCUAGUGACUGCUACUAAGAGACCCGUUUCAUAUGAUGAACAGGAUAAUACCAAACAUACCUCUUUACCUUCUUUAUCUUAUAAUGAAAUAGAGCAUAAUGAUAAGCAAACACCUGCUAAUCUCUAUGAUCAAAUCUCUUCUUCAACUUCGCUCUCCACAUCAUCAACGGCUGGUGAAUCCACAACCUCGAAUACUGGAUAUGCUGAUGAGUUUGUUUUGGAAGAUCAUACCAUGCCUGAAAUUAACUACAAUGAUUAUCAAGCUUCCAAGCAUCCCACAUCCGAUUUCAAUAAAAUGCCCGCCAUAGGUAUUGCUUAUCCAGUAGAUAUGUCUUACAUGGAGGAAGGAGGCAAUUUUGAAACUGAUGAGUCUUCCUAUACCAACAACGAUAAUAAGCAUAAGCAACCGGUACAACAGGUUCAAACUUCUUAUGUGGAUACUAAGCAACAACAACAACAGCAAAAUACUCAAACUUCAUACUUAAAUACUGUGCAACAUAGUAAACCUCAAAAGCAACAACAACAACAGCAAAAUGUCCAGAAUUCAUAUUUCAAUCAGCAACAUCAACAACAACAACAACUAAAUAUCCAAGCUUCAUAUUCCUCUCAAAAUGAUGCUGAUAAACUUAAUGAACCUCAAACUGUACAAAACUAUGUUGCCGAAACUCAUCAAAGACCGAUAGCUACUUAUGCAGGAGUAGUUACCUCUCAAAGCUAUAGUCCCGAUCCAUUACCACAUGAAGUAGUCGUGUCUUCUUACACCACCAAAGUAGAGGAAAACGCUGAAGUUUCCACAGAAUAUAAACCCAUUAUUACAACUAAUCAGAUAACCACUACUUCUUAUAAAACUACCACUAAACCGGUAAAACACACCGUGAGUUCAACUUCUUACACCAAUCGACCAACUCUAGUAACCAAGAGACCAACGAACAAAAAACCCACAAAGGCUAGCAGUCAGCGUCCCACAACUCAUUCUCAUGCCACCACAAAUAGUAUUAUAACUCAACAACAUUUCUCCACUACUCCUUUGGAAACUAAAACACCCUCACCCAUUGAACCUUUAUACUCUAAGCCUACCGCGUCCUAUAAUCAGGGCAUACAACAAGAUUAUAUUAUUAGCUCUGGUUCCACACCCAAACCAAUUGUUACUCGUAAACCUACCAAAAAGCAAACAUCGAAACCUGCCUCAACUAGUUAUAUAACAGCACCUACCACUCCUAGACCAGUAGUUACUCCACAAUUCCAAUACGAUCAGGAAGUACCCGUCAUACAAGCCGAUGAUAAAUUGGACUCCUUUGUCCACAGUACAGCCGAAAGUUUGGCUUCAGCCACUCCCACACAAGAGACUUUGUCCUAUGAUCCACCCAUAUUUGUAAGUGCCGGUUCGCAAGUUCAUAGUCAAAGACCUCAAUACAACACACACAAGAAACCCACUUUCGUCAAGGUACAACCCACUCAAAGACCAACUACGGUGCUUAUAACUGGUAAACCUUCAAGUUUGCAAACUACAGCCACCACUUUUGCCACUGGACAACAUACUACUCCUUUGACUGGUUAUGGCAGCACUUCCUUUGUUUACAAUUCUUUGGUAACCAGAAGACCAGAUUUUGCUGAUAGCACUGCUGCUGGUGAUUAUAUGGGCAUUAGUACGGUUAAUUCCAAUGAUUUCGAUGAUCCAGGUUACUAUGGUUCUGCCGCCCAUCCUAAGCCCGCUAAUCAAGCUUACCCCGUCGGUACCACAGAAGCUGUUUAUCCUGCGCCCACAGACGAUAAGCCAGCCUUCCCUGGUUACUAUGGCCCUACACCUACUUAUCCUGCUUUCCCAGUGCCUGGAGAAAAAUUAGACUCUCCCAUCGAAGAAGAAAUCUUUACGGCUCCUAGCAAUGAUUUCAUUAACUUCCCACCUGUGCGUAACCCAAAUCUUAAUAUGUCGGCCACUUCAAGCGCUGUCACCAGUGAUUUAGAACUUUCGACACCAGCAUUUGUGGAAGACAGUGUAUUGAAAAAUAAAAUGAAUACUUUGGUACACAAGAUUGUAGAAUCGUUACAAGGAAACUUUGAGGCUUUGGCAGAUAUGAUAGAUGAUAAUAACACCUUGGCUGUACAAACCUAUCAGGCGGUUCCCGUAGGCUCUACAGUGGUAACCAAGAAACCCACACGCAAGCCGGUAACUAGAAUCACUACAGUUAAACCUAAAGUCACUACCAAGAAGCCCAUAACUAGAGUUUCAACUAAGGCUCCGACCAAAAAACCUAUUACCACAAGAAAACCUGAAAUAACCACCAAACGUCCGGUGGUAAGACGUACCACCACCACCACCCGGAGACCAGCUACCAAGAAACCAACACGUAAACCAAGUACUACCACAAAAGCCCCCUUAGAGGAUGAAAUUGUCGAUGAAGAAGAUGAGGAAGAUGUUAACCCCAGUGACAAUGAAAUCGUGGAAGAAGAGGGCUAUGGCGCUAGUGCAAGCGGUCGUAAAAUACAAUGCGGUAUGAGACCUCACGUCAAGUCGGGACGUAUUGUUGGUGGCAAAGGAGCCACAUUCGGCGCUUAUCCCUGGCAAGUAUUAGUACGAGAAUCCACCUGGUUGGGUCUAUUUACAAAGAACAAAUGUGGUGGUGUUCUAAUAACAAGUCGUUAUGUCAUAACAGCUGCUCAUUGUCAACCAGGAUUUUUGGCUUCUUUGGUUGCGGUUAUGGGUGAAUUUGAUAUAUCGGGCGAUUUGGAAAGUAAACGUGCUGUCACUAAAAAUGUUAAACGUGUAAUUGUUCAUCGUCAAUAUGACCCAGCUACUUUUGAAAAUGAUAUUGCUUUAUUGGAACUCGAAAGCCCGGUUACAUUUGAUACACAUAUUGUACCCAUUUGUAUGCCUUCGGAUGUUGCUGACUUUACCGGACGCAUGGCCACCGUUACUGGUUGGGGUCGUUUGAAAUAUGGUGGUGGUGUACCAUCUGUAUUGCAAGAAGUACAGGUUCCCGUCAUCGAAAAUAGUGUGUGCCAAGAAAUGUUCCAUACAGCAGGACAUAAUAAGAAAAUUUUGAAUUCCUUCCUGUGCGCUGGCUAUGCCAAUGGUCAAAAGGAUUCAUGUGAAGGUGACAGUGGUGGUCCUUUAGUUUUGCAGCGUGCCGAUGGUCGCUACGAAUUAGCCGGUACAGUAUCGCAUGGUAUCAAGUGUGCGGCUCCCUACUUACCCGGUGUCUAUAUGCGCACUACCUUCUAUAAACCCUGGUUAAGAAGUAUAACAGGAGUGAAAUAAUUUAAACAAAUCAUUAAAUCCAUCCUCCCCCAUAAACCAACUUUCAACGAAUGAAAUUUAUUUAUUACAACUACAACCUGCACACAACGAAUUAACACACACAAACAAAAAACGAAGAAAUAUUUAAAAACAUAAAUAAAUAUAUUAAGGUGUUUGGUUUAGCAAA